AUGGUUUGUUUGACUGUUAUUUUGAGCGGACAUCAGGGUAUUAUGUACAAUUUUGGCUAUGAUCCUGAGUAUGAUCCCUUUAAUCCCAAUUCUUCAUGGGGCGCCCAAGUAGUCAUAUACUUUCUAAUAAUAAAUAUUGAUAUCGAUCCUCGCCCAUCUGUCGCGUUGCUACUGCGUCCUUAUCGUACUUCAGCAGCAAAUCAGUGGAAAAAUGCAAUACUUUUUAGAAAAGUAAUCAAUGAAAGCAAUGCGCAUUUUAUCGGCAUACAUAUGCAAGAAGUUGGCGGAAAGAAUUUCGAAGAAAAUACCAACCAGGUCCCAGAAUUUGUGGAUCGUAUUGGGGCAGCAAUGCAUGAUAUGGGAUAUUCAACUGGACGUGCAUAUCUGGAUCUGGAAUUUGAACAGCCCGAAAGCUACAAUGUACGCAUCAGUAGAACAUUCCGAAAAUUGCUAGUUCAGCAACGCGAAAGAUGA